GCAAUUUCGACUUGUUCACUCCCAAUCUCCAAAACUCAAAGAUCAUAUUACUCUGCCCUACGCACAGUCCUUCCCUUUACAGUGUUUCUGCUUUUUGUUAUCUAUGUCUUCUUUGACGGCCGUACAUGCAAGAUCGUUGGUGGAUCUUGAUUCCUUCUUGAAUAAGCCGUGGUUCCCGCCAAGAUCUGUUUAGGUGGGUAGGAAUUGCUGCUGUUAAACAGUUCAAGUGACAUCCAAAUCGUCACGAGCCUCCUACUUCCCUACCUUUCUUUAGGCCAGACCUUUCGUACCUACCUCCUUUUGCCUAGAUAUUCCUAGGUAGUGCAAUCGUACAGAUGAAGGGAUAAAUGUCCCUUCUUGCUGCUAACCUUCCCAACUUCCGUAAUAACGAACGAUAUGUCCCGUCCUAAUCGACCUUCUCUGGGCCAAUAUGACUCCGCGCUUCGUAACCCACCAACAAACGGAUCACAUAACCGUUCGAGGGCCAAUUCGAGACUUCCCGACUACGAGCCUAUACGAAUUCCCGAAGUCCAGAUCGAUUCGAGUUCCGACGACGAUAUACCUAUCUCAAGGCCGAGGCGUCCUGCCCAACACUCUCGUUCAAUGAGCCAUCCAUUCCCCUCGCUAUUCUCCAGUAAAAAGAAGAAAAGUGACCGAGCCGGCGAUCAAUUUGGAGAUGAUGACUCCGCCGAUGACGUGAGUCCCAAGCAAAACGUACGGCAGAACCUGCAACCGAAUGCCGCUCCUAGGAGGAUACCACGCGGGCCAGCCGAUUUCUCGACCGGAAAUUGCAUGACAUGUGCUAGUUUGGUUAGAUGGCCUAAGGAACUCCAUGUCUUCCGAUGUACCAUCUGCUUGACGAUAAAUGAUCUCAAACCACACGAUUCUGCUGCCGUCUAUGGUGGUAUGCAGCCUAAUGCCAGUGGCUCAGUUCCGUCGAAUGGGGCUGAACCUGGGCCCUCGCGGCCGCUUCAACAGCCUCUAAACUCCAUAUCACUUGACCGCACGAAGCAUAUUAUCAAACAAUGCCUGCUUUUGGCGUUGCAGUCUUGGAUGUCGACGCAUCCUGACCCAGAGUUCGCUGAAAAUUGGCCCGGCAGAGCCUCGUCUAGGCCAUCUAAUGAGUACUUCGCACGGAACGAAUCUCCGAGCAAACAGCACAGUUCACCCGGCUCAGCUGCUAGUCCGCCGAGUUAUAUCUACAAUGCUGCAUUCGAUGAUCCCGCCGGGCUAAACAUUGAGCCAAACCCGUUGAAUAGUACUGCAUCUACGGCUAGAUCGUACUCAACCUCUUACCCUGAUACCAGGAGUACAACAUUUCCUCUUGCUAAUCAAGUUGGUGGGCGUACCCCUAAUCCACCUGUCACGGUCUCGGAAUUGGAGCCUAAGAGGGUUUUCAAGAGACUGGAAGAGUAUCUUAUUUCUUGCUUCAGUUCCCAUGCAUGUGUUAAUAAUUCGUUUGUGACCCGACACAUGAGCGCUAAUUCGAGGCUUCCCCCUGAGGCUGUCAAGAAGCGAGUUGUGGUAAACAGGAAGGAACCGGUUCGUGACGAACCUGCCAUAUCAGAACUCGACGCCAAACUUCUACUUCUAGGCGACUUUGCGGAGAAUGGCACGUGGUGGACUGGGAGCCAAGAAGAAGUUAUACCUCCGAAAAGCUCCCAUCGGCGGAAAGAGAGUGUACCUUCAAUUGUAACAAGUAGAUCUCCUCGGAUCGAUUGGGGUGUGGUUAUUGAAUGGUAUCAUACAAUCAUCAACGCCGCUGAGUUAUGGCCGGAAGUAUAUGCCGAGAUGGUACAACUUGAUCCAUCUCAGAAAUUGGGAGACGCGAGGGUCCAGCAGUUCGAGGCCUUCAUCAUUACGGCUCAAGAUCAUAUUCAGCGGGUACUCCUGAAGUGUACGGAAACGCUUUUGAAGCGUCCUGGACGAUUAAUGAUUGAGCCUCAGGCUGUUCGCUUCUUGCUCUUAAUGUUGGCCAAUCCUCUCCUCGCUCCAGGAUCCAAGUCGUAUACUGGUCAAUACCAGCGUCCGAGCAAGGGAAAAGGCCCCGCUACAGAACAAGACCCAGAACAACUGGCUAAAUCACCUCCUGGGCGACACUCUGGGAUCAUCAAACGAAUCCUCGGUCUGCUAGCGAAUUCCUCAGAGCAGUGCCAUCACCAUUUGGUGACAUGGCUCUCGAGAUUGCCUGAGCACCUCUUUGUUCAAAUUAAGGAUCUCAUCAGUGGUUUCAUUACCUAUCGAUUAACUCGGCAGAGCGAAAAGAAAGUAGAGCCACAAAUUGAUGUGACCGGUGGAUUGAUCCCACAAAUGUCCAAUACCCGUUCCGGAAACACACCGGCAACGCUGCACGCUGCUUUGGAAGCAUCGAAAAACAAGAAGCAGAAGCAACCUAUCGAACCAAAGCGCGCGGCAUAUACAGACGACUGGCAAAUUAGAGCUGCUGCGAAGGUUAUGGCACUCCUAUUUUCUGCCAACAACUUGACCUAUGUUCGACAUAAUAGACCCGAUGGACGUGGUCACGGUCAUCUACUGUCAACGAGCGACUUUUACAAUUCUCUAGUCGACUGUUUAGACUUCAAAGCCGAUUUUGAGCUAUGGGAAUCGAAAAGGGGCAGGUUCGCUUUUUGCCAAUAUCCAUUCUUUCUCAGUAUCUGGGCAAAGAUACAGAUUUUGGAGUUUGAUGCCAAACGACAGAUGGCUGGAAAAGCGAGAGAGGCAUUCUUCGACAGCAUUUUGACGCACAAAAACUAUGCGCAAUACCUUGUUCUUAGUAUCCGUCGAGAUUGCCUGGUUGAGGAUAGUCUCAAGAAAGUGAGUGAAGUCGUCGGUAGUGGUAGUGAGGAUAUCAAAAAAGGUCUGCGUAUAGAAUUUCAAGGAGAGGAAGGCGUCGAUGGUGGGGGGCUUCGGAAGGAAUGGUUUCUCCUUCUCGUCAGAGAAGUGUUCAAUCCAGACCACGGGCUCUUUGUUUAUGACGAAGAUUCGCGUUUUUGUUACUUCAACCCUAAUACUUUCGAAACGUCUGACCAAUAUUUCUUGGUUGGAGUAUUGCUUGGGCUGGCCAUAUAUAACUCAACGAUACUAGACGUCGCCUUCCCCCCUUUCGCUUUUCGAAAAUUGCUGGCGUCUGCCCCUCCUCCCGCCAUCGGCGCACCUGCACAUUCACGCCCGACAAUGAACUAUACAUUAGACGACCUAGCCGAAUUCCGCCCAGUCCUUGCAAAGGGACUUCGGCAACUAUUAGAUUUUGAGGGAGACGUACAAUCUACAUUUUGUCUUGACUUCGUGAUUGAAGUCGAAAAGUAUGGCACUAGAAUUCGAGUGCCCCUUUGCCCAGGAGGCGAGACGAAGAUGGUGACAAAUUCCAAUCGACGGGAAUAUGUUGACCUUUAUGUCAGAUAUUUACUCGACACUUCGGUUAGCCGACAAUUCGAACCUUUCAAGCGAGGUUUCUUUACCGUAUGUGCGGGUAAUGCCUUGACGCUCUUCAGACCAGAGGAGAUUGAGCUCCUCGUCCGCGGUUCAGACGAGCCGCUAGAUAUUGCUUCGUUGCGGGGAGUUGCCGUUUAUACAGGCUGGCCUAAGAAUGUAAACCCUAGGAGAGAGCCGAUAGUGCAGUGGUUCUGGGACGCCUUUGAAAGAGCUUCACCUGCGGAUCAGCGCCGGUUGUUAUCUUUCAUAACUAGCAGUGACCGUAUUCCUGCCAUGGGUGCGACGUCUCUCGUCAUUAGGAUCAACCUCCUGGGUGAAGACGAAGGGCGCUUCCCUUCUGCGAGGACCUGCUUCAAUAUUCUGUCCUUGUAUCGCUAUGCCUCGAGGGCGAGAUUGGAACAAUGUUUGUGGCGGGCGGUAAACGAGAGCGAGGGAUUUGGACUCAAAUGAAGAUGGGUUCAUGCCAGCAUUGUAUUGGCGUUUACGGACUUAGCAUGAUCACCAAGACAUGACUUGCCGGAGACCUACGGAUUGACAUUGAGACUCCUUUUGUUAUGACCAAUACGGUUCUUGGAUGGCAGUACUUCCCUUGGGCGAGAAAACUUGUAGCUGAAGUGGCGUUCAGAGAUUAUACCCAACUAGCUGUAUUAGUACAAUAUAGGACAAGCAUACUGAAUGACGAAUGAGACUGAGACUGA